AUGGACGCCGACGCUGCCGGAUCAUCUGGUUGGUCCGAAGAGCCCAUUUCCCCCGUAUCGACUCGGCAACGGCCCGGCGUGGCGUCGAUGACUGGGCCGGGCCGCAAGAAAGGCACGGCAUGCGCCCGCUGCCGCAGUCAAAAGAUCCGUUGUGACGAUGAGAGGCCAUCUUGCACCAACUGUGCACGUUCGGGGCACCCUUGCGUCAGGGCGAAUAUUGCGAAUAAUCUCGACGCGGUCAACCAUGUCACCAAACUGGAGGCUCGAUUGCGGUCUCUUGAGGACUCACUUCGUCGGGUAGCCCCCGAAGAACUUGACAGGGCCCCAGAAGUGGAAUCGCGGUCGGCGAUAGCGCCAUCUAUCACGGUCUCUACCGCCCCUAUGUACGAGACAAGUUCUGCUAUGGAGCCAACGCAGCAAUGGCCUAUGCAACAACCCUUACCCACGCCAAUUGACCAGUCAAGCCACAACGAGCAGGAUAUCUAUGAUGCCCAAGAGCUCAUUGUGGACACUGAGGACCUUCCUCAAUUGGACGCUAUCGAAGCAGACCCAGGCAUUGAAGAUGCUGUUCACGAGGAUGAGACAAUCCCAGCCGACAACCACCCAACUGCCCAGUCCUCGGCGACUGAGAACACCACAUCGCUCAGUCCAUCUGCCUCCACAGAGAUCGGCCCAAGCGAGCCUCUUGCCCAUGAGGUUGGUAUGCUGUCAUUGGCCAACUCAAAGGAGUCCAAAUAUCUCGGCCCUUCUUCGGGUGUACCCUUUGCGCGCCUCAUUUUCUCAGCCAUUCCUCAAUCUCAAGGCUUGUCGGUGAGCUGGUCAGCACCAGAAGGAGGGACAGUGGCACGGAAACCUUCGCCUGCCCAUCAUCCCUUUCCACCUCAUUGGACGUCUGAAGUCGACUUGCAGCAUUUUGCAGACGCAUACUUCCAAACUCUCCAUCCCCUGUACCCAUUCCUUGAUGAGGACAGUGUCUCUGACAACCUAGAUUGUCUUUACACGACUCAAAAGGCAGGGUCUAUGCAAAUGCCUCCUCUAGCAGAGGUUGAAGCCGCGCUAUCCCCGUUCCAUUCAGUUCAAGUAUUUCUUGUUCUCGCGUUGGGUGCUCGAAUAUUGGAGUCUCGGCUCUCUGUAGAGUUCUCAUCUGAGAGGUAUCUCGCCACAGCUAUGCAACGAAUUGGCACCCUGGCUUUACAUGACAGCAUAGAAGGACUCCAGAUCAUGCUGUUGCUAGCCUUGACCAGCUUCUACUUCGAAGAAGGGCCAAACGCAUGGUUCCUUGUGAUGAACAUCAUUGCGAGCUGCUUGGACUUGGGCUUUCAAAGACGUGGGGUUGACAUGCACCGUCAUUCCCCUUUAGCAAAACCUAGCACUGCUCAUCUUCGUCUGAACCUGAGAAGAGGCAUCUUCUGGUCUGCUUACUCACUAGAGAGAACAUUAUCAGUUGUCCUUGGACGUCCUUUGACCCUUCGAGACGAGGCUAUUGACAUAGAGUUUCCUGGCCAUGUCGGUCGCCCUGGAGAUCAAGCAGGGGAUUCUGUCGGCGGCAGUGCGUUGACACCAGAGAGCGCUCGCUCUCCGCAUCACUCAACCAAACGGGCAAGGGUCAUGGUCAACCCGUAUGCAGCUGCACAAUACUCUUUCAAGUUCGACCAAAUCACAGCUGAAAUCAAGCUGAUGAUAUAUCGUGUCGUCAAUCUGCCUAAUAGGUUUCCAUGGCCUACGGACUUCGACACCUGGCAGCCGGAUGUCCGCAAGCGCUGCGACGCACUACUUGAAGGGCUCAGAGCUGAGUUUCGUCGAGGCUUUCGGCGAAGUACCUCGGAUGGCGUCGUACAAAACCUCGAGCUGAAGUACCAUCACUGCAUCAUGCUUCUCUACCGCCCGUCACCAGCCAUAACCAGGCCGAGUUUCGACUGCUGGAAGAUUUGCUACGAAAGCGCCGUCGCCACGAUAUUGAUCAACUCCGAGCUACACCGGUUCUCAAAACUCUCGAACAGUUGGUUGACGGCACAUACGGUCUUUGUAAGCGGUAUCACUUUUCUUUACUGCUUAUGGGUCGUGCCGAAGAUCAAGCAGGAGACGUCGCUGGUGGCAUUCAAGAGCAACGCAGAUGCGUGCAGCAACCUCUUGAAGUACCUCGCCAAGACAUGGAGUGUGGCUGCCGAUGCUGUGUUGAAGUAUGAGAGGCUUGUUCACCUGACGACGGAGUCAUGGAAAGCUGCCGCGAACCGACCGCCCAGUGCAGAAGUCGCAGCUGGCCAGUCUCUCGUGUCAAUGGCACAGGGACAGGAGACGGAAGCCAGCGAGAUCACGGCCGCACCGGUCAUGGACCCAAGCCUCUAUACAAUGGAUGCAAACAUGGGGUUGGGAGGAGAAUUUGAGCCUGACUCGUUUUUCAACGAGCUGGGCGAUAUGAGCUCAUGGUCGAAUUCAUCGUCGCCCCUUCUUUCUGCCCUGCUCCGCACUCAAUGUCGAGCUGCACCGCGUUAUUUCCAAGCAUUCAGUUCUUCAGCUCGUUGUCAACAAAAGCCCCAAGUAGCGGUUCUCUAUCAGGAGAUUGACCCUCCAGUGAUCGCUGGGAAUGUCAAACCGAAGAAGCCCGGUGGUUACAAAGACUCCGGUGCCGAUAUCGCAUACAACCUGAGUCUCUCCAGUGAGGUCCAAGUUCUAAGCCCAAGCUCGCGACCGGAUCCUCUCAAAGAUGCCGAUUGGUGUUUUCCCGACAACGAAGACGGUAUUUUGAGCGCGAUUGAUAAAGGUGCGACGCAUCUAUGGGCGAACACGAUUCUCUUCGCCAGUCACCCACUCCAGACUUCGGUGCGCAUCGGGAAACAUGAGAAGAAAAUCAAGGUCGUUGGACAAGGACCUCUCAUUGUCGAGAAGUACGAUGACAAAGAUUUCGUCAAUACCCUUCUGCGGCAGCAAGGGAGCUUUACCAUGCCGUGGGCCUGCACCAUCCACGCCAACAAGGACACGCCGGACUAUAAGUCAUAUCCGUAUCCGGUGGUUGCAAAGCCUGCACGUGGUCGCGGCAGCCACGGUGUCAAAGUCUGUCAGGAUGAGAACGAGUUGAAUUCCCACAUCAAGCUCCUGAAGUCCGAGGGAACCAAUGCGAUCAUCGUGGAAGAGUUCCUUGCAGGCGAAGAGGCCACGGUGACAGUCAUGCCUCCGACAUCUGACAAGGGAUACUGGUCUCUGCCGGUUGUCACCCGAUUCAACCAUCAAGAUGGCAUCGCCCCCUACAACGGCACAGUCGCUGUCACUGCAAACUCUAAAGCCGUUGUUGGCUCCGAAGACCCGGCCUACGAGGAAGUCGCUAAGGAAUGCGAGAAAGUCGGAGAGCUGCUUGGUACCACUGCGCCCAUUCGUAUCGACGUCCGCAGGUUCAAGGCAGGCUCCAAAUUUGCCCUGUUCGAUGUGAACAUGAAGCCGAAUAUGACAGGGCCAGGAAGACCGGGUCGAGAUGAGCAAGCCAGCUUGACACUACUUGCAGCUGCUGCUCUUGGCUGGGACUACAAAGAAUUGCUUCGCCAGAUUCUGGGCACGUCGUACACCCUCGAAGCACUGAGAAAGCUUACACCUCGUAUCUAA